GCCAACAUAACGAGAGGCCAAUCAGAUUGCUCUGAAAUUGUUCCCUCCCAUUUCAUAUGAUUAUAUUAAGGUGAAUCAUCUUCUCAUACGAUCUAAUUCAACUGCAGUCUCUCAUGUGGAAAGAAAAUGAAGAUCAUAUUUUUUAUUCUGCUCGUGCUCAAAAUUGGACGAUGCACAGACGAUCUCAUCUUUGAGACAAAGACCAUUGGUGUUGGACAAAAUAUCACUCUAACAUGUACCCGCCAGACAUCAUGGCGUACAACAUACUUAUUUUGGAUCAGGGUCGUUUCUGGAACCUUUCCUGAAAUAUUAGGAAGCACAAUAGCCUAUGAUAAAGAGGUUGUUGAGGAGACUGAUCGCGUUACAGCAACACAAGAGCCUGGAGCAUUUGUUCUGCAUAUUACCAAAACACAGUUCAGCGAUACUGCGGUCUACUACUGUAUAAAAGUGAUACGAAGCAACAUGACAUUUUCGAAAGGAAUAUUUCUGAGAGUCAUAGGAUCAGAACCUGAUAUCACUGCCGUCACUCAAGACUUUCCAUCCGAUCCAGUCCGUCCAGGAGACUCAGUGACUCUGCAGUGUUCAGUCCUCUUUGACUCUGAGAAGAAAACAUGUCCAGGUGAACACAGUGUGUUCUGGUUCAGAGCCGGAUCCGAUAAAUCUCAUCCAAGUUUAAUUUAUGCCCAAAGAAACAACAGUGAUGGAUGUGAGAAGAGCCCCGAGGUUCGCUCUCAACAGAAAUGUGUCUACAGCUUCUCUAAGAACGUCAGCUCCUCUGAUGCCGGGACUUAUUACUGUGCUGUGGCCACGUGUGGGGAGAUAUUAUUUGGAAAUGGGACAAAACUGGACAUUGAAGGACUCAACAUCUGGGAUCUGCAGAAGGCCAACACAGUUCUGAUUCUCUCAUGUGCAGCUUUGGCUAUAAGUCUGAUUGUUAUUGCCUUCCUGAUUUAUACCAUCAAGAUGAAAACGUGUGAUUGUUGCAAUGCUGCAACAGCCAGUGGUCAUCACCAAAGUCAGCAGAGAGAUGAGGACUCAUUGACCUAUUCUGCUCCAACCUUCGCCAAGAGGAAAACUGGCAGAGCAGAGAGAAGGAAGGUAGAAACAGCAGAGGGAGAGACGACCUACACUGAUGUCAGGACUUGGGUGAUAGAUUAACAAUCUACUGGAUCUGCUAGUUAAAGAUAGACUGUUGUAAAUAUGCUGCUUCACAUCAAUUUCACAUCUGAUAUCGGUAACGAUAUUUUAUUUGGAUAACCUUAAACAUGUUUCAUGUAUCAUUUUGACAUUAUUUUCUGUCCCAUCCGUUUGCAAUCAUUGGAAGACUUGUUUUUAUAAAAGGGCAUGAAUUAUCAUGAUGUGAAAUGUAAUAGUUUUAAUGGCUUUUGGUGAUAUUCUACGGCAUCUCAUAUCUAUUGAUUCUUGUUUAAUUUUUGUGCAUUUUUUUAUUAAAUUCUUUUAUUAAAGUUGUAUAAUUCUACCACUCAAACAGGCUUUUUGAAAGAUUUAACUUGAAAUAGUCGGAGGGUUGAGGAAGGUUUCUCUGUCUCUAUUUUUUAAGGUUUUUCAGGUAAAACUUUAGUUUUCUCUUUCCUUCUAUAAUGGCAUAGUUUAAUUUUUAAAUGUUUACUCAUAAUCUGUUUAUCUUGAAAAUCACUUUAUAAGUUAGCAUCUAGUAGAAGACAGUAAGAUUGAUUGGUUUUCUUGUUUAAUGUUUGCAACA